UUGGAUCACGUUGUUUAUUACAUCGUGGAGGUGACGUUGCCGUGGUUCAUGGACGUCACCACGGUGUCGGCCGUCAUCAGUGUCCGAUAUAAGGUCCAGUGGUUUGCCCCAGCCUUCUGUCUGAUACCCCGGUCCUGUGGGACUCAACAGCUGGUCGACUUCCAGCAGGACUACACCUGGACCUUCAGCCCGGAGACCCUGCUCUGUGACGUCAGGACCUCCGCCCCAAACCUGGGGGUCACCCUGUUACUGGGGGGUCUCUGGGUGACCAGCUGCUGCCUGGUGUUCCUGGAGGUUUACGCCCGGCGACUGCGACGGAAUAUUUCUGCUUCCUUCUUCAGAGAGCAGGCGCAGCGGAGGAAGGAAUAUUUGAUGAGGAAGACGGAGAGGAAGAAGAAGAAGAAGAUGGAGAACCAGGUUACCCGAGUUCACGUCGAUGACGACACGAACGAGAAGUGAAGCAGGAUGGGAACUGACUUUUCUUCCUUGUAUUUAAAUCACUCGUAAACAAUGAGUGAAAGAAACACUCUGUUCUGAACAUUCCCUGGAAUUACGUCAAAUCCAUAUUUAAUGAUUUUUUUUUUUACAGUUUGUCGGCUUCACAGUUUUGAAAAACUCGAAAUCCUCUGUAUAUUUAAUAAAAAUACUCUAAACCUGUCAGAACUACUGUCUCCUCCAGAAACAUUUUUAAUAAAUAUUCUUCAAAGUUUUCAUCUUUGGUGACAUCAAUCUAAAGACACAGGAAGUACCUUGGUACUGUGUACCACCAGGGGCGCCAAAAUUAAAAACUGGGACAAAGUCACGGCCCAACUUCACGGGCCAAAUAUAAUUACACAGCGGGCCAGAUUUGGGCCCCGGACCUGAAGUUGACACAUGCUGUGUACCAACAACGUAAAUCCUCAUCUCUCCAAAUACAACUGUUCAGCCUAGACCAGUGUACAAAGUACAUUGUAAGUACCACUAACGAUACGCAUGCCACAGUUUGAGAACCACCAGUCCAUCACUUUGUCGUUCAACGACAACUUCAACACAGAUGUUUUUGUACCUGUUGGUGUUUGACUUUUCUUUUUGUUUUUACUCCACAGUACCACUAGAUGUCACUAAAGUACCAUCAACAAACGCAGUAGAGAAACCCCACAGUCACAGUACUUGUACCUCAUCCUUCAGUUCACAGUAUUGUCCCAGUUUUUUUUUUUUUCACUAUAAAUACACAUCUAACGAUCCAUCAGGCUAUUUCAGUAUCACGUUACAAAAAUAAAUCAAGAAACGCCGUCGACGCGCGAAAAACUCCAACGCCUGGGUUUCACAAAGGGUUUAUACACGAGGACUUGACUUAGAAUCAUCAACAGAGGACGGGCUUUGAACUGUACUUCACAGAAACAGGACUGUCUCAAAACUCAUACACAUACAUACAAUAUAUAAGUACAUAUAUACACAUAUAUAAACAUACAUACAUACAUAUAUGUACAUAUAAUCAUAUACAUACGUAUAAACACGUUUGAAAUGUUUUCUUACAUUACAUAUAUGUGCAUAUAAUCAUAUACAUAUAUACACAUAUAUGUAUAUAUGUUUAUGUCACAUGACCAAACCUCAUCUCGUUGGUGGUCACUGUAGACGUGUUUUAUGUAGUUCAGCAUAUUUUUACUUUCUUGAACCGUACUUUAAGGAGGAACCGUCAGAUUGAAGUCAAGGAACUCUUUUUCAGGUACAUCCUGGUCAAGACAACAAAGGACAAAAGACACGACGGUUAAAAACAGCUCAGAGUUCAACUGGUCUGGAUAAAAGGCUGAGAGAGAGAGAGACGAGGGAUAAAAAACGAAAGGUCACCGUCUGCCCCUCGAGGUCAGGUUUUAGAACGACUCAAACGGUCCAGACUCUGGAGUGUGAAGAAGUUCUGUCAACAGUUCCAGUCAGAGAGGCUCGGUACCGAGCUGGACUUUUUCCCCCCAGUCUCUGAUCAAACACCGGGGCCGUGAGUGUGAGGACGUCCUGAGACGUGGACGGUCGGUCC